AUGCUCCCUAUGGUAACUGGGUUCAUUAAUUAUGGUCAACAAACAGUAAGAGCUGCAAGAUAUAUUGGUCAAAGUUUCAUGAUUACCUUAUCCCACACGAAUCGUUUACCCGUAACUAUUCAAUAUCCUUAUGAAAAAUUGAUCACAUCAGAGCGUUUCCGCGGUCGAAUCCACUUUGAAUUUGAUAAAUGCAUUGCUUGUGAAGUAUGUGUUCGUGUAUGCCCUAUAGAUCUGCCCGUAGUUGAUUGGAAAUUGGAAACGGAUAUUCGAAAAAAGCGAUUGCUUAACUAUAGUAUUGAUUUUGGAAUCUGUAUUUUUUGUGGGAACUGCGUCGAGUAUUGUCCAACAAACUGUUUAUCAAUGACUGAAGAAUAUGAACUUUCUACAUAUGAUCGUCACGAAUUGAAUUAUAAUCAAAUUGCUUUGGGUCGGUUACCAAUGACAGUAAUUGGAGAUUACACGAUUCGAACCAUUAUGAAUUCUACUCAAAUAAAAAAAGCCACGGGUAAACUCCUUGAUUCAAGAACUAUUACCGAUUACUAA